CCAGUAGACCAGCGGAGACCAGAUGAACCAAUAAUGCAGCAGCAGUCGUUUUCUUGAAGAUAAACCUAGAUGAAAACUCCAAACAGAGAAAGCCCUACCAGAAGUCUAUUCAAGCCUAUGGAAGGAGUACACAUCACAGCAGAUGGCACUGAUUCAGCAAGCAGACACAGCGGGGAAAAGGGGGAACAUGAUCAAUACAAUCAUCAGACAGGACUCACCGCGCAUGACCUCCUCUCCAGCGACCCCCCUAGGAAACCAUGGCAACGCACCCGCUCCGGGGUCAAAGACUGCCUGUUGUGGGUGCGGUCCGUACUGGAGCCCGUGGCGGGUCUGGAGUGGCUGUGCCUGUGCAUGCUGGGAGCCGUAAUGGCCCUCGUGAGUUUUUUCAUGGACCUGAGUGUGGCCAAACUGCUGCGCGCUCAGCACUGGUUGUACAGUCACUUGGAAGGGCACAGGCUGCUGCAGUUCCUGAGCUGGACCGUGUACCCGGUGUCCCUCUGCACCUUAUCCUCUUCCUUCAGCCACAGCCUCUGCCCCCAGUCUGCAGGUUCCGGCCUUCCAGAAGUGAGGACUAUACUCUCAGGUGUGGAGCUGCCUGAUUACCUGUCCCUCACAAACCUGUUUGCUAAACUGGUGGGUCUCAUCUGCACCCUGGCAGCCGGGAGCUCAGUCUUCCUGGGGAAAGUGGGACCAUUCGUCCACCUGUCCACCAUGAUGGGAGCGUACCUGGACCGAAUGUGCGUUUCCAUGCGUGGAGGGAAGGAGGUGACGUCACACAGGGACAUGCUGGUGGCCGCCGCCGCUGUGGGAGUGGGCAGCUGCUUUGGAGCCCCGAUAAGCGGAGUGCUCUUCAGCGUGGAGGUGAUGGGCACUCACUUUGUCGUGCGGGACUACUGCCGCUGCUUCUUCGCGGCGGCCUGCGGGGCGCUGACCUUUCGGACGCUCUCCGUCCUCAGCGGGGAGCAAGAGACCGUGCAGGCCCUGUAUAAAACCAGCUUCUCCUCCGACCUGCCCUACCACACUCCUGAGAUACUGGCCUUCGCCCUGCUGGGGUUGCUGUGUGGAGCAGUCAGCUGUCUCUAUUUGUUCUGCCAUCGCCGGAUGCUGCGAUUCACGAAGACAAACAAACUCAUCAGCGGGAUCCUGGCCACAGAAAAGGCACUAUAUACAGGUGCGGUCGUGUUUCUCCUGGCUUCCGUCACCUACCCACACAGCGCUGGACGAUUUAUGGCAGGUGAGCUGUCCAUGAAGCAGCUUCUCACUUCCCUGCUGGACAGCCGACAGUGGUGGUCUCUAUCCCAGAAUGCCUCUGUGCGGCCGCCUCAGGAGUCGACCCCGGAGAGCCUGUGGCAGGAGUGGAGUCCCUCGGGGGUCUCAGUGUAUCACACACUGGCAUUCUUCCUGGUUAUGAAGCUCUGGAUGCUGGUCCUGGCCUGCACACUGCCCCUGCCCGCCGGGUACUUCAUGCCAGCCUUCAUCUACGGCGCUGGAAUUGGGCGUCUGACGGGGGAGGUUCUGUCCUAUAUGGUCCAGAAUGGAUUUCACGCUGAGGGGGAAAUCGGUCUAGUAAACCCGGGGGGCUAUGCUCUGGCUGGGGCGGCUGCUUUUUCGGGCGCGGUGACUCACACGCUCUCCCCCGCCCUCCUGGCCCUGGAGCUGACGGGCCAGUCCACUCACGCGGCCCCCGUCCUGCUGGCCACGCUGACCGCCAACGCCGUGGCCCGGUCGCGGCUCCGCCCCUCCUUCUACGACGCCGUCUCCCUCGCCAAGCGGCUGCCGCACCUGCCGUCGCUGCUCCGGGCCCAGCCAGAGUUGAGCUCCGUUCGGCUCGGCCAGGUUCUGUCUGGCGGGGGGGAGGUGCUGGAGAGGAGAGGGGGGGCCGCCGAGGUGCGCCUGGCCCUCGCGGCCAGCCCGCAGACCGCGUUCCCCGUGGUGGAUUCGCACGAAUCCCAGCUCCUGCUGGGUUCCGUGAGCAGAACCGAGCUCCAGAGGUUCCUGCGCCGUGUCGCAGAUGGACAAACGGAACCGGUUUCAGAUAUACAGUUGGGAGAUGUGUGUUUGAUCCAGCCAAUCACAGUCCAGGCCUCAGUCCAUACCACUGUCCAGCAGGCUCAUCAAAUUAUGAGCUUGCUGUCUGCACAGCAGCUGUUUGUGACUGAGAAGGGGAGGCUUUGCGGGUUCAUGACCUGGAAAGAGAUGAAGACGGCUAUUGAAGAUUUGGCCCACGGAAGAUUUGAAUGAAAUCCACACCCACAGAAGCAGAUGAGAAACCCAGCCAUUUGCAUACCCUGGGUAUUUUUGGACCUCACAGGAUCCCAUAGCCUGUGCUAAGCCCCCUCGGGCUCCUUUCUGUCCCACUAACGAUAAUUAAAAUGGAAUCUCACUCAUG